UUGUACUUUGCUUGGAUCUGGUGCGGGUGAACUGGAACCAUCAGUUUUGGCGUGCUUCCUGUUGUUCAGUUUUGUGUAACUUUCUCCAUGGAUUGUAUGCCAUUUAAACACCUGCACAUGGCCUGAAAAACGUGUCUGAUCUCGAAGACGUCAGCAGGGUCCCGACAAGACCAGGAAAUGACUCCCUCCCAUUCAGUCGGAGGAGUGAUGUCAUCGCAGGGAGAGCGUGAGGUUGGCUAAGGCUUUAUUGAGCUUGACGUUUUAUCACCAAGAGCACGAGACGUAUGACCACAUGCACCAGUCAAUACGAGGACACAGAGCAGGAAAAGUGAGAGCCAAAUGACAUGGCAACACAUGUGUGACUCGUUAUAAACCCCCCUGGGAGGGAAAAGGAGUGUGAGGCAAAGGCACGCAGAGAGACAGAGAUGCAGAUAGAAACCUAGAGGGGAAGAGGGACAGCAUGAGUGUGCAUGCUGAUGGGGAUAGGAGUGUGUGGAGCUACAGAGCUGCAGAAUCCUGAAUCCAGCAGAUGGAGAAUCCGUGUCCUUGUUUUGCGGUGAUCUUUGGAAGCAACAUGCAGCUCGCGCCGCUGCCUCGCACUGCUGCAGUGGAGGAGUAAAUGCGGAGUCCAACACUGCUCCAGGUGAUCCACACGCAGCCCAGCCCGGCAGACUGCUCCCUCCUUAGCCUUCCCUCUCCUCCUCCUCCUCCUUUUCCUCCUCCUCCUCCUCCUCCUUCACCUCCUCCACCUCCUCUUCCUCCUCUUCCUCCUCUGUCAGUGCUCCAUUUGGAGGGCUUUGAACAAAUUACAAGAAAGGAACAGAUAUACAGAGGAGAAACCCUGCUUUCCCCCUCCGUUCUCAGAUGUGAAACACCUCUACAUGACUGUCCGCCGCUUCCCUGUCAUCGAGUGAAGACGCGCCGCAUAUGUGCUCCAAUGUCUCCGGAACAUAGACUCGCUGCAAGACCAGACAUUUUCACCUUGGUCCCCGUCUCGAAAGUUCAAUGAAGGCAGACGCCUCCCUCCAGCCAGGAACAUGAAGGGCUUAUCGGGCAGCCGUUCCCAGCACCAGAUCCCUUUACCCUAUGGCUUGGACUAUGACCCCCAUGUUCAUGACCUCCACGCUCACCAUGGCUCUGACUCCCGCCACUCGUCCUACCUGCUCAGCCCCACAGAGAGCUGCCCCAUGGACUUUCACCACCGCUACUCGCCGCGCAGCUCCAUCCACUCUGACUGCAUGAUGAUGUCCCCUGUCAUGAUGCCCACAGUUGCUGUGUCUGAACACAUCUCCAGCAGCACAUUCCCCAGAAUGCACUACAGUUCACAGUAUUGUGACCCAGCCACACGGGACGACUGCGCUGCCAUCACAGCCUCUGCCACCUCCCCAGCUGUUGCUGCUGCGGCGGCGGCAGCGGCCGCCUCUUCCCAUCUCGUCGGCACCAAGAGCAACCGCCUUCCUGCUAACCUACUAGACCAGUUUGAGAAACAAGUGCCACUACACCGCGAUGGCUUCCACACGUUACAGUACCAGCGCACUUCCACCACCACUGAGCAACGCAGCGAGAGUCCUGGCCGCAUCAGACACCUUGUUCAUUCUGUCCAGAAGCUCUUCACCAAGUCCCACUCCCUGGAGGGAUCAUCCAAGAUGAAUGGCACAAAAGGUGAUAUGAUGGGAGGCGGAGGUUAUCACCAUCAUGGUUACCACUCCACCAAACACGGUAGCAAGAGGAGCAAGAGCAAAGAACGCAAGCACCGCUCUGGCGGCUGGUGGAGUUCCGACGACAACCUGGAUAGUGACAGCACCUACCGCACACCCAGUGUCAUGUCGCGGCACCAUGGGGAACAUGUCAGCCACUGCUACCCAGAUUCCAUGCACAGCCACCACUUUGGAGACCUGUCACUCAAGACCUCUAAGAGUAACAAUGAUGUCAAGUGCUCGGCCUGCGAGAGCAUGGCCAUGGCGCCCGAGGGCAAAUUCACGAAGAGGAGCUCCUGGUCGACACUGACAGUCAGCCAGGCCAAGGAGGCCUAUAGGAAGUCAUCGCUUAAUCUAGAGAAACCCAUGAUGCACUCGAUGCACUCCGACCUCAAGCCUUCAUCACGGACAUGUCACUACCUGCAGGUGCCCCAGGAUGAGUGGGUUGGAUACCCAGGCGAGAAGGAUGAGGAGAUCCCAUGUCGGCGGAUGCGCAGCAGUAGCUAUGUCAAAGCUAUGGGAGAGGUGGAUGAUGAAAGUGGUGACUCUGACACCAGCCCUAAGACCUCCCCACAGAAGGCCAUUCCGUCUGAUGCUCUGGUCCUCAAAUCAGCCAUGCAGAGACCCCAUUUAGACUCCCAAAGCCAGGGCUACCACUUGCAAACCACAAGAGAUAUGCGACCCCACCCUAGUGUCACGCUGGACCCUGCCACCUUUCACCCCCCGCCCUUCCGCUCACGCAACCAGAGCUACAUGCGCGCCGUCAGCACCCUCAGUCAGGCUAGCUGCGUCAGCCAGGUGAGUGAGACUGAGAUCAAUGGCCAGUUUGAGUCAGUUUGCGAGUCCGUUUUUAGUGAAGUAGAAUCCCAGGCCAUGGAAGCCUUGGACCUGCCUGGUUCGUUCCGCACUCGAAGCCACAGUUACCUCCGUGCAAUUCAGGCUGGUUAUUCCCAAGAUGACGACUGCUUGCCUUCAAUGACAUCCUCCACUGUCACUUCAACUCUCAGAUCCACAACAGAGGGAUAUGAUGUUUUGGAUGGUACCUCUUUACUAAAUGACGACAUGAUAGAGGAUGAUGACGGUGCUAGCUCUUCUGCCUAUGUGGAGCUGGAGAGGCUGGAGAGAGAGACUGCUGCUGUUCGUAGCCAUCACAGUACUAGCUCCACCGUAACAGCCAUCUCUGUCCCACCAGCAUCCCCACCUUCAUACAGGGUCCCUUCUGCCUCACCCAUAGCCUCUGAGCCGCCGGUCCCUCAGGCCAUUCAGGCCUUUAAAGAGUCUGCUAACAUGGUUGCUGCCUUUAACCUGCAGUGGAAGGAUGAAAUCUCAGCAAUGCGCUAUGAACUGGCGGAGCUGCGUAGAGACGUCUGUGGGGAAUUGAAGACUUUCAACAGUAACUUCUUCAACUUUACUCAGUGCUACAACAUGUGGACUUUGUGUCGGGAGCCUUGCAGUGACAGCACCACACAAACAGAUGACAGAGUGUCCAUAGGAAUUCAAGCAGGCUCAAGCUGGUCCAUUCGACAGAAUACAGAGGACAAGUCAGUGAUGUGCCAACCAGAGCCAGCCCCCUUCAGCAUUAUGGAUUUGAUGGACCCACCCCGAAUUGAGAUUAUAGAGGGAACCCCUGACAGCACGCCAGAGGGGUCAGGCAGCCCUGCCAGCCCACUUCCAAUAGAGGAUUUCCCAUGGGAGAUCAACAAAAAGCAGGCUCAAAAGCAGCCAGACAUAGGUGGCCACACAGGUGGUCACAGAAGCGCCAGUUUAGAACUGUGGAGCAGGAAGUACACUAGUGGGCCCAUGUCAUAUCUGUCUAUGUCAUUCUAAUCAUUCCCAUUCUAAGCAAACUGUAAAAUGAGAUGAGGAAGCCAGUGUAAAAACAUGACAUUUACCAAGAAAGGCAGGGCAGAGCUGUUGUUAGAUGUCCCUUUACUUUAUGCAGACACAGUGUCUGUCAUAUCUUGAACAGGUUACAAUGUUGUUCAAGCAAUCUUUUAACAAGUGUCUUGGUUAGCCAUGUAAUAAAAGAAAACCAAGUGUCUUGGUUAGCCAUGGAAUAAAAGAGAAUGACUUUGUUUUACACCAGAAUAAGGUGACAUAAGAAUGUGAGAGAGAAUGUGGCUGAUGUUAAGAUCCUCAAGUGCCAACAAGUGCAGCAUCAUCUUCCCUCCGCUGUCUUAAAUACCCAACCUUCAGAGAACAGAAUUUAAGUAAAUAUGAUCGGAAAUCUGAGGGUCAUGUAAUGAUAAAACUCAAUAAUCAGCCAUUGUGAGGUGAGGCAUAAGUUGGUCUGUUUCUGCAAAUGAAUUGUUCAUUCCAGUUUCUCUUCCUGUAGAAACAUUAUCUUAAGCACCUGAAUAUACUGAAAAAAUACUGUGAAUAACUUUAUAAACCCUAGUUUUUUAAUAAAUGCAUUAAAGAUGAUACAUUAAUGAAUAUAUUAAUAUAUAAUUUACUUUUUUGUUAUUUUUAGUUAUUCUAAUCAAAGCAUUGCUUUUACAUGGCCUUCAUCCAUUUUGUAGCCAGUUCCAGCUGAAAUGGGCAUUUAGAAAAUAUCCAACUUACAAAGGUUUUCUCAAUGGCAAACUUGUGUACCACACAACCUAAAGGAGUUAACUGUAAUAAUUUGAUAAAAAAGUAGAUAGAGAUGACAAUAACUUCUAAUGAAAUUUUUGAAAGCCUAAUCCUUUGGAAUACUGUAUGGAUUACACUGUCUCAAGGCUUUGUGGACUUGGUCCCUGGCUAAAAUUGUUUACGAUGAAUCACUUAUGAGUCACUUUAAAGUCUAACAGCAUGUAGAGGGGAAACAGUAAGGGAGAUUCACAAGUAUGAAUGUAUUGGCUUUAGUUCAUUCUUGCACAAACUGCAUUCAUGUUCAAACUCUGUAUAUACAUGUACCAUUUUGUAUAUAGAGAAGCUUAUAUUCAAUACUUGUACUGUUUGCAGUUAUUAACAUACUCAUUUCUGACAGCAUUGAGAGGGGCUAUACAGUAGUAGUUAUUGUAAACAGCUCUUUUUACAGUCUUCGAGGUCUGUCUUCAUUUAUUUUAUCAUGUUCAUCAUCCAGCUGUUUGUGCACCUUAUAAGGAAGUUGGUAGUUCAUACCAGUGUUUCACCUAUUGUUUUUCGUGCAGUGGUGACUGGAGGUUCUUUAAUGUUUAGUUAAGUAUCUUACCUAUUCAUUCAUUUUAUUUCAGAGGAAAGGGUCAAACAAAUACUGAAUUGGAUUUGUUUUUGUAAACUUUGUUAAGAUAUUUGGACUAAAUUCUAUAUUAUUCACCUUUUUUAAAUGCCACAUUUCUCUAGUAAUGGCAGACUUUUUCAUGCUGGGGGGUUCAUCACUGCGGAAAGAUAAUAGAGGAACAUUGGUCCCUAUAAGUAGACAAUCAGAGCCACUGUGGGCCUCUACCUCUCCGACAUGUCCCCAGAGGUGCAGUAUAUUACCACUGAAUGUACUAACACCGCCUCACUAGUGAUGGCUUAGCUGGGCUCCUUUCAAACCUUAAUGGGUGGGAGCCCUCGAUCAACUGCUAUAUUUGGCCAAUUGCUCAUUUUGUCUGUUACUCAUAAAAUAGUUGCUCAUUAGCCACUGGCAUUCCCCACAACCACUCACACGCUCCAUUGUCCCAUUGUACCAACAUGGCGUACCAAAGUUACUAUAAUACUGAGGCCAUGGAACUGAGGCCAACAACAAACAUCUCCAAGCUUGACAGCACUUAUCUUUGGACGAUCACUGCAGCACAGGACCAUGGGAAGCCUGUAUGUAUCAGACCCCUGACUGAAAUGUGAACCUUUUAAAAGGACUUUUAAUAAAGGAGAGGGGUUAUCUCUCACUUUAUAAAGAGAGUGGAUCUUCUUCCCCCUUUGCACGACCAAAAGACAAUACUUGCAGAAAAAGUGGCAUUUUGAAAAAAGAUGAUAAUUACAUAAAAGGUUGUACUAGAGGUAAGAUCAAAAUUAAAGUUAACAGAAAGCCACAGAAGAGAAAAAGGCAGACAUUUUCUUACAAGUUAUUGCAGUAGCUCCACCCACACACCUGUUACAGUAACUCAUUAAACCUGAGCUUGAAUGCCUAGCUAAAGGAUUCAUUUGCCUUGAUAAUCUAAUAUAUGUGUUACAUAGGAACACUAUAUUAAGGCAUGUUUUGCUGGUAUUUUCUGGCAGCAACUCCAUAACUCAGAACUUGAGGUUUUGGUACAACGAAUAAUAGGUAAGGAAUAAGCUCAAAUGUAUUGUUGCCAUUCUCCACUAUUUACAAUACAGAAUAAGAAUUUUAAAAACCUUAUCACCUAUUUAUUGUUGUUAUAAACCCAAACAAACCUUUCAUAACAUACCGGCCAAAGGCUGGGUUAGCAUAAAUCAUAAAUGAUUUCAGUUGAAGGCAUAUGACUGUGAAAACAUUUAGCCUAAAGCCAUUUUAAUAUAUAAUAUAUAUAAAGUAUAUAUGGAAAUAAAAUUGGAAAGGCUUGUAUUCAUAUUUUUGCUUUUAGAAUGAUUAAGAGGGGAUUUCAGUGACAUUCCUUACUUACAUCUUUUCCCAUUGUUUGGGGAACGCAAACUCAUUUAAAGGUGCUGAAAACUGGCCAAUCAUGAUGUCUCCAAUCUACAUUCAUUCAUUCUAUGCAAGUUCUUUGUUCUUUGUUAUAUUUUUACAUCAUCUACAUAUUUGCAGUUAUAGAUAUUCGGUGUUUAUGUCAAAAUGUAAUCAAAUGUUUUUGUCAUCAAUGACCGGAAUGAAAUGUUUUCAGAAAAUAUUGGUGGCUCUUUUUUUUUUUUAAAUAUUUAUUUUAUUUAGUUAUUUUUGCAUGAGCCAGGGGCCACACACUAAAGGUUGUUUGAGUGUUUCCUAGGGUUGGGUAUCGUUUGGGUUUUAUCCGAUACCGGUGCUAAAACGAUACUUUUAAAACAGCGCUGGUGCCUAACCGGUGCCUGAACCGACUUUUUUUAAAAAGAGCACAAAACCACUGUUAGCAACAUUAAAGAAUGGCUUGUUUAUUGCUAAGGCCAUAUGGUCAAAAAAAAGAAGAACCACUUGGAUGGAUUCAGAUGGCAGAGGGGUACUUUACAACAAAAGCUUACAUUUUUUGAGGUGCAGUUGAAUGCACCAUUAGCAGUUGCAAUUGCAGUGUUGCCAAUUUGGCAACUUUCUCGCUAGAUUUGGAUCUAUUACAUUGUAAUUCAUUUCCAUGCAUGCUGCUCUGCGUAAUCACAGUCCACCGCUCUUCUGCCAACAGCACGGGGUCUCUCUCCCUCUCCCCUUCGGCCGUGAGCAGCAGGCAGUUAGCCGACACAGCCACUAAGCUUUAU